UCGCGCGUCUCCGCGGAGUCGGCUGUGGCGGAGCCUUGUCGUUCUGACCGGGGAGCCCUGGAUUCCUCCCACAGAGUCUCCGGAGAAAUGUCUAAUGCAAAAGAAAGAAAACAUGCUAAGAAAAUGAGAAACCAGCCCACUAAUGUUACUUUAUCUUCUGGCUUUGUGGCCGAUAGGGGCAUAGAGUACCAUAAUGGAGGUGGGAGACCUUUCCAAGCUCAAAAACAAGACCCUUUUCCUGGAACUUCACGACAGCGGCAAACCAAAAUGACCUACCAUUCCCCAGUUGAUCCUGAUGUGAAUGAACAGACUUCCUCCAAAAUAAUGUUUAAAAAAAAGGGAGGAUGGAAAGCAGGUCCCGAGGGCACGUCUCAGGAGAUUCCCAAGUAUAUCACUGCUUCUACUUUUGCUCAGGCCCGAGCUGCUGAAAUCAGUGCUAUGUUGAAAGCAGUGACCCAGAAGUCUUCUAAUUCGCUGGUUUUCCAGACACUGCCCCGGCACAUGAGACGGAGAGCCAUGAGCCACAAUGUCAAGCGCCUUCCCAGGCGGUUGCAGGAGAUUGCCCAGAAAGAGGCGGAGAAAGCAGUACAUCAGAAAAAAGAACAUUCAAAGAAUAAAUGCCAUAAAGCUCGAAGGUGUCACAAAAAUCGGGUGCUAGAAUUUAACCGUAGACAAAAGAAGAACAUAUGGCUAGAAACUCACAUCUGGCAUGCCAAACGGUUUCACAUGGUCAAGAAGUGGGGCUACUGUCUUGGGGAGAGGCCCACGGUGAAGAGCCACAGAGCCUGCUACCGAGCCAUGACAAACCGUUGCCUCCUUCAGGAUUUAUCCUACUAUUGUUGUUUGGAGUUGAAGGGCAAAGAGGAAGAAAUACUGAAGGCACUUUCUCCAAUGUGUAGCACAGAUGCAGGACUGACUUUUGCAGCAGUUCACUGCUUGUCUGGAAAGCACCAAGGUAGUGUCCUGCUCUGUCGGGCAAACAAAUACCCUCAAGAGAUGCUGGGGCCUGUCACAUUUAUUUGGAAGUCUGAGAGGACCCCUGUUCACACUUCUGAGAGCAGGCAAUUGUGGAUCUGGUUUCAUCCAGCUCUUAAACAGGAUAUUUUAGAAGAACUAAAAGCAGCGUGCCAGUGUGUGGAACCCAUCAAAUCAACCAUCUGCACCCCUGACCCCCUGCUGACAACAUCCCAAGAAAAAAGCCAAACUGAACUGCCUGAUGAGAAAAUUGGCAAGAAAAGAAAAUGGAAAGAUGAUGGAGAAAAUGCUAAACCAGUUAAAGUUAUCGGUGAUGGAACUAGAGAUCCACAUCAACCAUAUUCUUGGGUCUCUCCAGCCACAGGCAUUAUAAUCAGUGAUUUGACGAUGGAGAUGAACAGGCUUCGGUUAAUUGGUCCACUUUCCCACUCCAUCCUAACUGAGGCUCUAAAAGCUGCUUCUGUCCAGACCGUAAGAAAAGGAGAGGACGCAGAGAAGACACCUCACCACUGGUGGAUUGAAACCUGUAAGGAUCCUGAUAGCGUUUCCCUUCAUCACAGACAAGAAGCCAUUUUUGAGUUGUUGGGAGGAGUAACCUCACCAGCAGAAAUUCCGGCUGGUACUAUUUUGGGAUUGACAGUUGGGGAUCCUCGAAUAAAUUUGCCUCAAAAGAGGUCCAAAGUUUUGCCCAAUCCAGAAAAAUGCCAAGAUAAUGAGAAAGUUAGACAGCUGCUCCUGGAGGGUGUGCCUGUGGAUUGUGCGCAUAGCUUUAUUUGGAACCACGCUAUCUGUAAGAAUGUCACAGAGAAUAAAAUCUCGGAUCAGGAUUUAAACCGGAAGAGAAGUGAAUUGCUGGUGCCCGGGUCACAGCUUGUUUUAGGGCCCCAGGAAUCCAAGAUACCUAUACUUUUGAUUCAGCAGCCAGGGAAGGUGACUGGUGAUGACCAACGAGGCUGGGGAAGUGGCUGGGACAUCCUGCUCCCAAAGGGCUGGGGCAUGGCCUUCUGGAUUCCAUUUAUCUACCGAGGUGCAAGAGUUGGUGGGUUAAAAGAGUCUGUAGUGCAUUCGCAGUAUAAAAGGUCACCUGACAUUCCUGGUGAUUUCCCAGACUGCCCUGCUGGGGUUCUGUUUGCCCAGGAGCAAGCCAAGAAUCUCCUUGAAAAGUAUAAAAGGCGCCCUCCUGCAAAACGACCCAAUUAUGUUAAGCUUGGCACUCUGGCACCUUUCUGCUGUCCCUGGGAGCAGUUAACUCAAGAGUGGGAGUCAAGAGUCCAGGCCCAAGAGGAAUCCUCUGUGGCCUCCUUUCCAAGUGGUGAGGAAAAUACCUUGAGAGGAGACAGGUUGCCUUGUGCUCCCAUGCCUGAACACACUGAUGAGCUGUCUGAUGAAGGGGGCGCAUCUCUGAGCAGGUCCAGUGAGCCCCAAGAAGUAAUGGACACAAAAUGCCCAGCCCAGGUGGGGACCAAGUUGGUUACAGGCCAGGAUGCCACUGGCAGUCUCCUCUGCGUUCUUAGGAGUAGGAAAUCACUGAAGCAGCUGUCAGCCUGGUGUGGGCCCAGUUCCAGGGACAGGAGGGCACCCCAGCGAGCUCCCAGCAGCGGGCAGCCAGCAAUGACCAGAGCAGCCAGCCUGGCCAUCUUGGACCGCUUCCCCAGGGCCUUGGUGUGGGUCAGCCUGUCCCUGCUGAGGAAGGGCAACCCUGAGCCGCACUCCAUGAUCUGUGUCCCAGCCAAGGAGGACUUCCUCCAGCUCAGUCGGGAUCGGCUAUACCCUGGGCCCCAGGAAUGCAAGCACAGUGACCCAUUCAAGAGCAAGAUCCGGAAACAGAAAGAGAAGAAGAGAGUAGAGAAGAGGCAGGACCAAGUGUGCAGUGUGCCUGAGGGUCUGGCAGGAGGGCACCCCGCAGCCAGGGACCAAGCUCUGACCCUGGGGUUGUGGUCAGGCCCCCUCCCUGUUGUGACGUCUCACUGCUCCAGAGUUCUCCUUGGCUUUGUCACGCAGGGAGACUUUUCCAUGGCUGUCGGCUGCGGAGAAGCCCUGGGGUUUGUCAGCUUGACGGGUUUGCUGGAUAUGCUCUCCAGCCAGCCGGCAGCAGAGAGGGGCCUCGUGUUGCUGAGGCCCCCCGCCUCUCUGCAGUAUCGGUUUGCGAGAAUUGCUGUGGAUGUAUGAGCGCUGGUGGACAGCCUGGCAGCAUAGAGAUCAUGUUUGUAUGCCAAAUCCCACCAUUAGAGAGUUUUGUUUUCACCAUCUUCUGUUUUGAAAUAUCAUGUGAAAUUCCUUGGAAAUGAGAAUAAAAAGAUUAUGUAUUAUGCAAAUGAUAGAAUACUAACAUCAUUCCAGUUAUCUCAUGGAUUUCCUCCACCUUUCCCUGUAGCAUUUGAAAAUUAUUUGGUUAUACAGACAAAAGCUUUUAUAUUUUGAUUUCUUGGUUUGUGCCAUUCUUGCUGAAAAUAAUUAGAUGCUCUGUAUGUUUUCUUGUUCCUUUUUUAUUUGGAACAAAGGGCUGUCAAGUGUAUUUGAAAAGCCUUGUAGACACGGAAUAAGCAACAAGGUUUGUUUAAUGACUUGAUUGUUACAGAAGAGAGAAAGGCUAUAAACACUUGGCCUCUUGUGCAUGACAUAGGGCUCCCCCGUCUGGACUGUGUUCAAUUCCAUACUGGAGUCAGCAUGCCUAACACUUAACACCAUGUGGAAGGAAGUUGUGGAAAAUUUAUUGCUGCCCGUUUUCAGGCAGAUUCAGUGUAUGGCAGAGGUGUUGAGGUGGAAUCAGAAUGGGGUUCUGAUCUUUAGGAUCUGUUGUCCUCUUUGCUAUUGAUCAACACAUUAUCCUAGGACUUACGUGAUUUUUCUGUGCUUUUUUUUUCUGCAGAGUUUCUCAAAGCCAUAGAGGAUGGUUUCUCAAAAUACGUUCUAUGAAAUGUGCUAUCUAAAAAAAAAAAAUGAUUCCAAUGUCAGAUUGAUGUGGGAAACUCUGGGUUAAACAAAGUUUAACGUUUCUUUUUAAGCAUUUCUUUAAAAGGGGUUUCUAGAACCUUCCAUGUGAUAAUACACAUUGUGCUUCUCCAGGAAGUGGAUAACAGCGUACAGUAGUAUCUAAAUCUUUUUAAUUCCCAAACUCCUUUUGCAAGGAGCACUUUGUAGGAAUCAUGUUUUUGGGAACACACUUUGGGGAACGUGGCUGUACCAUGCAAUGUUUACCUCUCUGCUAGGUGAUGAUUAAAAUGACAGGCCACUUUUAGACACUCAGGCAGUCACGAUGGCCACCUGAUGUUCAAGCAGGGUGUAAAAGAGAGGUUUCAUUCUGCCCCACAGAAGGAGUGCAGUCACCAUUAUUUUUUUUUUCACUUGCAGAGAAACUAGGUGCUCAUUCGUUCACUUUUAGUUACUAUAUGCAUCUCACACCUUCAGACCCUUAUCUUCCUACCACACGUUUUCUAGCAGAGCCUGAACUGGUUGUUUUUGUUUUUGUUUUUUUAAUUUAAAUGUACAGUGAGGCAUUCUUCCGUGUAAAUGUAUUGGGUUUUUGCAGUAGCACUUGGUAGAAAUGUCUCUGGGGGAGACUAGUUGCCAAGAGAGACAGCAAGUAUUACAGUAGCUAAUGAAAUGUCUGAUGUUUUUCCUCUCACCAUGCCUCUGGAUGUACUGGUGUCCAACCCAAAUGGAGGCUGAUAAAAAUAGUGUAACUUAGUGGUGUCUGUAAACAAUAAAUUAAAAUGCUGCUUGAUGUUCAA